AUGUUUUGGAAAUCGAAGAAGAACAAUCAGGACAAGAAGAUUGAUGAUACUCGAAAAUCAAUAAAGAGGAUGAGCAAGAUUGUCGAGUUUCUAGUGAAGUUGGAGAAGAGGUACGUAGAUCUCGCGGACGGCUGUUCCAUCUGUUCCGGCCAUGAAAACGAAGAAGUCAUGGCUUCAACCUACUUGACAUUGAAGGAUUUGUACGACCAAAUUGCUUCUCUGAUUGAGGUGGAGCGGGAACUUAACUCUCAAGCUAUGGUUGGCUUAGAAGAGAAGAUUGAAGCGUUGAAAAUCCAAACGAAAGCUAAGCAGAAUUGGAUGAAUCUGAUAAUAUGUGGAAAACUGUUACCAAAACAACAAGACAAUAAACCUCUGUGA